CAUUUCCAUAAUACACAGAGUGAGAAAAAGGAACUACAUAAAUAACCAUAUUUUCCCUUCCCUUGCUGAACUGUUAAAAGUUCUUUCAAGGGGAGGAGUGGGGAAGAAUGGUAGAGAAAACCCAAUGCAGAUGUCUAAUUAGUUCAGUAAAACUAGGGGUUUCUUUGGUUUUCCUUCUUUCAUUCACUUGUCUAUCCAAGGCUUUUGAUUACAAGGAUGCUCUGAAAAAGAGUGUUCUGUAUUUCGAGUCACAACGAUCCGGUCGAUUGCCGUAUAAUCAACGGGUACACUGGAGAGAUCAUUCUGGACUUACUGAUGGAUUGGAACAAGGGGUUGAUUUAGUUGGAGGAUAUUAUGAUGCUGGCGAUCAUGUAAAAUUUGGUUUACCCAUGGCUUUCACUGUCACAAUGCUUUCAUGGAGUGUAAUUGAGUAUGGCGAACAAAUCGCCAACUCUGGUGAAUAUGAACACGUACUUGAAGCCAUCAAAUGGGGAACAGAUUAUUUCAUUAAAGCUCAUACUUACCCGAAUGUGUUUUGGGCUGAGGUUGGAGAUGGUGACACUGAUCAUUAUUGUUGGCAACGACCGGAAGAUAUGACAACAUCUAGACAAGCUUAUAAAAUCGACGAAAAUAACCCGGGAUCAGAUCUUGCUGGAGAGACUGCAGCAGCAAUGGCAGCAGCUUCUAUCGUCUUUAGGAAGUCUAACCCACAUUACUCUCACUUACUCUUACAUCAUGCUCAACAAUUGUUUGAAUUUGGAGACAAGUAUAGAGGAGCAUAUGAUAGAAGUGUAGAAGUGGUGAAAAGUUACUAUCCAUCAGUGAGCAGUUAUAAAGAUGAAUUGUUAUGGGGAGCUUUGUGGUUGUACAAAGCCACCGACAAUAUGAAUUACUUCAAGUACAUAAUCAAUAAUUCUCAUGAAUUUGGUGGCACUGAAUGGGCUAUUACUGAAUUCAGUUGGGAUGUUAAGUAUGCUGGCAUUCAAAUUCUUGCUUCCAAGUUGUUGAUGGAUGGAAUUCAUGAAGAUCGUCAUACUCAAAACAUUCUUGAGCAAUAUCGUUCCAAAGCCGAGCACUAUCUAUGCUCGUGUCUUGGUAGAAACAAUGACAGCAAUGUGGAGGUAACACCAGGGGGGCUUUUAUUCAUCCGAAAAUGGAACAACAUGCAAUAUGUAUCGACUUCGGCUUUCCUUCUUACCGUAUACUCUGAUUAUCUUAAAAACGCAACUCAAAAGCUCAACUGCAACGGAGAAAUGGUAAAACACCAAGAUUUGUUUGCAUUUGCAAAAUCUCAAGUCGAUUACAUAUUGGGUUCUAAUCCAAUGGGUAUGAGUUACUUAGUCGGGUUUGGACCCAGAUACCCUAGAAGAGUGCACCAUAGAGGUGCAUCCAUCGUUGCAUAUAAAAGAAGCAAAGGGUUCAUUGGUUGUACGCAAGGGUAUGACUAUUGGUACAGUAGAAAUGAACCAAACCCAAAUGAAGUAAUCGGGGCUCUUGUCGGUGGACCGGAUAGCCAUGACAAUUUCAACGACCAUCGCGGAAAUUACAUGCAAACUGAAGCAUGUACGUACAAUACUGCUCCAUUGCUUGGAAUUUUUGCAAAACUACACCAACUAGAUGAGGGCAAAAACACAUCUCAAUAUUCAUCUUUUGCUUCUUAUUAGGAUUACAAGUGUCUAAAAUACAAAUAUAUAAAAUAUGUAGAUUGAAAUUGUACUUUGUUUUCGUAUAAGUUUGUUUUCGGUGGCUUAAUAUGUGGCCUGAACUAUACCACCGUUCCAUACAUAUUUACAGAUUACAGCAGUUGAGACUUGAGAGAACUGAAGAUUUUAGUUUUGUAAAUUUGGUUACUGUUAAUGAAGGUUUUGAUUGUCUUCCAAUUUGA